CCCGGUUGCAGUAAUUGGUAAGGUGUGCUGGCUGCAGACGAUCCUCCCUCCCUCUCCCUCCUUCUUCUCCACAAUCUGUUCUAUGAGCGAAUCAGAAAUCUCAGCUGCAAUAACCGAAACUCUUCAACCCCGUAGUUACUGAAAUCUCGACCCGAGAAAGAUCCGAAUGAGGGAUCCGAAUCUGGAGUUGCAGGAAUCGGGUUGGGAGGAACUGCGAAAGGAAGCGCGCAAGAUCGAGGGCGAUCUCGACGUCAAGCUUUCUUCAUACGCCAAGCUUGGCGCCAGGUUCACCCAAGGAGGUUCCUGGCAGUUCUCUAUGUUUAUGAGGAUAUGCCUUUCGUUAUUAGGUUAUGUGGAUGGUGGCUCACCAUCUCUUGGGUCCAGUAGGUCUUGGAAGUCCAUGGAAAUGGAAAUCCAAUCCUUGCUUGAGAAACUAUUGGACAUAAAUGAUUCAAUGAGUAGAUGUGCUGCAUCUGCUGGACCAGCUACUUCUGUCACUCAAAAGUUGGCUAGGCACAGAGAUAUUCUUCAUGAGUUUACCCAGGAAUUUAGACGUAUCAAGGGUAAUAUAAACUCAAUGAAGGAACAUGCAGAGCUUUUGAGUUCCGUCAGGGAUGAUAUUACUGACUUUAAGACAUCGGGUAGUAUGUCACCAAGAAAUCAGUUACUACGUGAGAGAGCUGCCAUCCAUGGAAGUAUAUCUCAUAUUGAUGAUGUGAUUAGUCAAGCUCAAGCAACAAGAUCUGUCUUGGGUUCUCAGAGAGCAUUGUUUGGUGAUGUUCAAGGAAAAGUGAAGCUUCUUGGCGACAAGUUCCCCAUUAUUCGUAGCGUGCUUGGUUCGAUAAGAAGGCGACGCUCAAGGGAUACCCUUAUUCUGUCAGCAGUAAUUGCUGCUUGUACGUUGUUUCUCAUCAUUUACUGGCUCUCAAAGUAACCAAAAUAUUUUAUAACAAAAAAAUUAUAAAUUAUGGUACUUUUCUCCAUUGAAUUUUUCUGCUUCUUUCUUUGCCUUUUUGUUUUUUGGGUGGGGGAAGAUUAUGCUUUUUUCAAUGCACAUUGCUCUAGGAGCCUCAUAUUGUAUGUCAGUUGUUGGCAAAAAAAAAUUAUGACUCUUAACGAAUUUUGAUAUAAAUCGAUCUCAAAUAGUAAA